AUGAAGUCAUCGGUCGGGGAUACCCUGAUGCCGCUGACAGAGGGUGGCAUCCAGUAUUUGUUUGCUGGUGCCCGAGCGAACGUGGGCAUCAAGUCUGGGCGUUAUUUCUUUGAGGCGAAGCUGCUGGAGCUCAUAUACCCGGCGGACGCCUCUGGUGGCAACCGCACGCCGCACCCCAAGCAUCUCCUGAGGGUCGGAUUCACCACCUUCCCGGCAGGCUCGAUGCCGUUGGCGGGCGAGAUGGAUGAUAGUGUUUGCUUCGACUCCGAGGGCUCUUAUCAGCACAAUAGGAAGCGCACGUGGGUCUCCGACAGGGCACUCCCGGGCACCGUGCUGGCCGUGCUGCUCAACCUCAGCGCGGAGGGGCCGAACACCAACACCGUCUCCUUCUUCAAGGACGGCGUUAGAAUAUCGGACCCCGUGCCGCUGCCGGAGCACAUGCUAGGCAAGCCGUUGUACCCGAUCGUCACGUUCCGGAGCAUGACGGUCCACGCGCACUUCGGGCCCGAGCCGCUGGUGGAGCUGCCGUUCCGGUGCCGCACCGUCCAGCAGGCCGCCGAGGAGGACGUCGUGGUGACGAAGUACCCCGCUCCCGAGGGCGGAAAGCACGUAGUUUUGUUCCCCGUCUGCAUCCCGGACCAGGGCACUUUCGAUUGGGUCGACCUGUUUCUAGAACAGAACCCGCAGUACGCGGAGAUCAGCGACCGCGUGGUGGCCGACUGGGCCGUCAAGAGCGGCUUGUGGAGGAAUAGACAGCCUCACCUGAGACCGUCAAACGACCAGCCGGACGCCUCGUUUGGCAUUCCCGGCAUUGACAACGGCGAAGUCAAAAAGGCUUUGUCGUUGGCGGCCGCGGUGCAGAAGCGGGACAUUAUAAUUCAGGAGGUCAAGAAUAACCUCAUCAAGCCGAUUAGGGAGUUGGCGCUCACGCAGUGGAGAUUGCCCAACCACAGAAGAAUAGCCCAGGUUCUGAUGGGGGAGCCGACGGAGGACUUCAAAACGAGAGCGAACGAGCGGCUACUCAAGGAGAAGCAGGACAAAUUGAACAUUGAGUUCCAGUCGAAGAGGAAGAGGAAGGCCGAGCACCCGCCAACCACCGGAGAGGCCAAAGAGGAGAACGGACGCCCCACAGAUGCGGACGAGGACGGCGAGCAGCCGCCACAGGCCGAGCUGACCGAGGCGGAGCGCAGGGACUGGUUCCGGAAGCGCGCGGGCGCCUGCCCAGACCUGCAGGAGCGCGUGCUGAGCGCCUGCUUCCCGAGCUUCACGGUGCCCUCGGAGGAGGAGGGCUUCGACGAGGUGCGCCACGCCUGGCUGCCGGCGGCGAAGAGCGCCGAUCACCUGAGGGCGUGGAUCUUAGAGCGCAAGCAGUGCACCCGCAUCGAGGAGCUGCAGCCCUCGGAAUGGUUCCGAGAAAGGUGGCAACAGUGGCAGAAGGACUUGCAGGGCUGGCAUUCCAAGAACUUGGAGUUCAAAGAUCCAGAAAAGAGAGCCAUCAUCUUGGCGGCCAAAGCAGGCGAAGCAAAAGACAAGGAGGCCGACGGCGAGGGCUUGCAAACGAGGGAGAUGGAGAUGGCACAGACCGGGGAGUGCGGGUCAGGAAGCGGAGGGUGGGGCAAGGCCGAGAUCGUGUGCGUAAAGCUGCGCACGCGUGCACCGACCAUGGCGUACAGGACAGCAGCGGACCCGGGGAUAUUCGAGGACAGGAACGGCGAGAGAAGCCGGCGCGCGCAGGCGCAGGGCAGCACCCUGGGGGUAAGGCUUCACAUGCCAAGGAACCCUUCAGUGCAGGCACUGCUCGAGAACGUCUCUGCGCUGCAGCGCAGGACUUCUGGCCUGCACCGCGAGGAGCUGGCUGGAGGCCAAAGGUCCCCCGUCGCGCCCGCGGGGCAGCGGCCAGCGGGGGUGCUGGAGAGGCAGGCGCGGCGCGGCGCCUCCUUUGCGGCGGCGCGGCGCGCCCGCGCGAGCGGUGGGAAGCAGGGGGAGGUGGUGUCGCCGCUGCGGCGCAUGAUCAACUUCUACGAAUCCAUGUACGUCGCCACCAUCGGUGUCGGCACCGUCAGAGGCGCCGACAACGUCUCCCGCCCCGAGUCCACGCUGCGCGUCGUCUUCGACACAGGCAGCUCGGAGCUUUGGCUGGCCUCCAGCUUGUGCACGGCCGGGCCAUGCGCUGACGCGGACCACAUUAGGUACAGCCCGAACCGUUCGGAGACGUACGAGGCGGUUGUGCCGCGCAGGGCCAUCCACACGGAGUACUGCAGCGGCGAGCUGCGAGGAGAGGUGGGCAUCGACGACGUGCGUGUGGGGUCCAUCCUCGCCAGGCGCCUGGAGAUCGGGCUCAUCUCGGAGCAGCACGGCACCGCGUUCCAGAUGCAUUUCGACGGAGUCGUCGGGCUCGGCUUCCCCGCCCUCGGCUCUUCUUCCUCUUCUUCGCUGUGGGAGAGGUUGGCGCCACAGCUCGGGGAGCCGCAGUUCGCUUUCUACAUCCACCCUGGGCGCGACGCCGGAGGUGCUAUCCUGUGGGGCUCGGUGGACCCGCGCCUCCAUCGCGGGCCGCUGACCUGGUACCGGGUGCCGCAGGAGGAGUACUGGACGCUUGAGUUGGUCGCCCUGCAGGUUGGCAACCACACGUUCAAAUCCGCCAGUGAGGCGGACUCGCCCGACGUCGACGUGCACCUCCACGGUGCUCCCAUCUCGAACUACUUCCGCCCUUUGCUCGUCAUCGACUCUGGGUCGUCCUUCUUUACCUUCGGGGGCGACGUGUUCGCAGCACUUGACGUCGUGCCACGCUCUGCGCCGUGCGCACAGGUGGACCACUUGCCGCCCGUCGUGCUCGUAGUCCGGGACUCCGACUCGCAGCUGCGAGAUUUGGUCAUUUCGCCGGCCGAGUACAUGAUCGAGCAUCUCGAGCACAAAGGCGAUUGCUUCCCGGCAGUCUUCAGGGCCGGCAACGAGCAGCUGGAGGGCGAGACAUUGAUAGUCUUAGGCGAGCUGUUCCUCCGUGACUACAUCGCCGUAUUCCGUCGCGCGGUCGGUGGCCACGCGGGCGCGCACGUCGGCCUGGCGCCGGCCGAGAAGGGAUCGCGCGCCAGAGAAUUCUUCUCCGAGGCUGCGGCCGCAGCAGCCGCCAGUUAA